CAGCAUGAAAGCAACACAGCGGUGAUCUUCACCAUUUCCACAAUGCGACCUCGCUUAACUCCUACUCUCACCCUCUUCACCAAACAGUAUUGCGGUCUUUGCGAAUCUGCAAAGGAAACUAUAUUACGUGUCCAACAGAAGGUCCCAUUCGUUUUGACCGAAAUAGAUAUUGAGCAACCCGCGAAUAAAGAAUGGCUCAGAAAAUACAUGUUUGAUGUGCCAGUUUUACACGCUGGCGAUAAGAUGGUUGGUAUGCAUCGGUUUACGGAGAAAGAAGUGGAGGCAUGGGUCCAAAGCGCUGAAAUUAGUCAAGGGAAUAAAACUUAAUAUUGCAAUGUGAGAGCAGUUAUGUUUCCCAGACCAGUUUAAACAUCUGCAGAAUUGAAAAGCAGUCCCACUCCAGAACAUGUCCGUUUGAUGUGCCGCACCGCGUUGGCGAGUGUAGCUGAUCAUUCACACAUCCCUUCAGUCAUGAUCACACAGUCAGAUUGCCAUGACUCACCCAACGAGCGCAAUGAAACCCUUGUUCUCCCAAAGGUGCAAGAGCUACUGCAAUGGAAAGAGCUUGAAGAGUCUUAUCGUGUGAGGCUACGCCAAACGGAGUCGCUCCUUGCAUUGGACAUCAAUACAAACGAGGAAUGCGUGCUGCAAGAUCAAAUCCGCCGAUCGAAUUGGGAGCUUCUCUCAAUCAUGGGCAGACAAAGCACGGAGGCCCUCAUUAUCAGACGGUGUCAUGACCAGCCGCGGGUGCUAUCUGCAGUCUACAAUCCGCAAUUUCGAGAGGAUCUAAAGUUUCGAAGAAAACUCGUUGAGCGGGAUGCACUCACAACACAAUAUUCGAAGCAAGGGGACAAGCUCAAAUCUUUAUCAUGGGAAAACGUGCUAAGAGAGCAACAUAUAAGUGAAUUAAUGCAAGAGAAUGAUGGCCUACGCAAACCUAGCGAGAACACCUGCAGUUCGUCGCCUCACGUUGAAGAGACGGAUGAAAUCACAAGAAACUCGAUAGAAUUGCAAAAGCUAAAGGAGAAGCGAAGAGUGCUGGGAAAUCUUCUAAUGGGAAUAAUACUGGAGAGAGGCAUUGACUGGACUGAAAAUGAUGAAUAUCGUCGCUGCAUCGAGUCAGCUGAAGGCUCAUGGAUUGACGAGAUCUGGGGGGAGGUGACGAGAUGAGGAAGUCCAACCCGAAUCAUUCUUCAAUGUCGUCAUGAAACCACAGAGAUGGCUGUCGUCCCAGGCUGCUUUUUGCAGCACAUGACCUAAAUCUACACGCAAGCACUUACAGGUACUUCAAUGGUUUCUCCGGCGUUCAUAGUGUCAGUUAAGGGAGCGAAGUACACAUAGUUAGACAGUGCAGUACCUGUCCUGGAAUGAGUGGAGCACUCUGAGUACAGGAUAGGAGGAGGAAAAUCCUAUUUUCCUUUGGAUGUCCGAGUGCAAUGUUCCUCAAAGUAAUGCUAUUGGACAUAACCCAACUAUUACAGUAUCGAAGUCAUUUGAGGGAUUGGGAGAGCUUG